UGGAAAAGCCAGACGCUACCGAACCAAAUAUCUCCUCUUUUUCAAACUCUCACUCAAAUCAAAAUCUUGCGUAUUUCAUCAAACCUUUUUUUGUCGAAACCUUCUCACUCCAAACUCGCCUGAACCUUUUUCUUCUCUUUUCCGUCAAUCAAAUCCAAUCCCCAAAGGAAAGCCAGCUACUCCACCGCCGCCGCCGCCGCUAUGGAUGAAAAUUCAAAGAUUGUCGAUGGUGGCGCUGCUAAAACAUCCGCCCAAGAUUCCGCCGCAACAAACUCUAACCCUAAUUCCGAUGUCACUACUGCCAAUUCAAACUCCGCUGCUGAUGCUGGUGCUACCGUCGCCGUCGAUGGCGACGGCAGAUCGGAUGGUGCUUCUCUCUCUCGGCAGUCUUCUAGAACUCCGUUCACCAACCUUAGUCAAGUCGAUGCUGACCUCGCUCUUGCCCGCACUUUACAGGAGCAGGAAAGGGCAUACAUGAUGCUAAGCAUGAAUGGGGGUGGCGGCGGUGUUGGUUUUGGAAGGUGGGAGACUGGAAUAUAUAUUCCUGAUGAUGAUGAUGAUGACUUUGGUGACUCCCAUGAUCAUGAAUAUGAUGAAGAAGAUGAAGACGAUGACGAUGAUGAGGAGAAUGAAGAGUAUAUUGAAAAUUAUGAUGAGGGUGAGGAUGCGUUCGACAUUCAGGCUCAUGAUGAUUCUGGUGAUGACGAUGAACCUAAUGUUGAACUUGAUCCUAGUGCGUAUCCUGAUGAUGAGUCAUAUGCGAGGGCCUUACAGGAUGCUGAAGAGAGGGAAAUGGCUGCUAGAUUGUUAGCUAUGGCUGGCAUAACUGAACGAGAAAUAGUAGAUGUGGAGGAGCAUGAGGAUCACGGGGAUCAUGGGGAUCAUUCUCAGGAUACGUGGGAGGAGGUUGAUCCUGAUGAACUUUCCUAUGAGGAACUGCUUGCUCUGGGUGAUGUAGUUGGUACAGAGAGUAGAGGAUUAUCAGCUGAUACAAUUGCAUCGCUGCCCUCGACAAAUUAUAAAUCUCAAAACAAUAAUGAAACCGAGGCUGAUACUUGCGUCAUUUGCCGGUUAGACUAUGAGGAUGGUGAUGGAUUGACCACACUUCCUUGCAAGCAUCUCUACCAUUCAGAUUGCAUAAAUAAUUGGUUGAAAAUUAAAAAGGCUUGUCCUGUUUGCAGCACAGAGGUUUCAACGUCUCAAAAUAGCUAAUGAAGGGAUGGAUGAUACUUUGGUGUAUAUUACAUUCUACAUGAAAUUGCUGAUUAAAAGCCAUAGAUCUGGUUCUCGUGCUUUUUCUUCUGUCACCUGUUGUAUCUGUUCUUGAAUAAUUCAUUAUUCCCAAUUCGAGAAUGGAAUGCCUUCUUUGUCUCA